CAUUUAUUGACUCAAUUUUAUUUCACUACAACAAAACCCUGUGUGCAUAAACCCUAGAAGACGAAGAUGGAAGACGAAGAAAAACCUCAAAACGACAGCGUACAAGCAAUCAAUGACAACAAACAAUCCAACAAGAAGAGAAAGAAGCAGAAAGAAGUAGCUAUAUUCGGCAACUACAGAAACUAUUACGGUUAUCGAAUUGAUCAAGGCUUGGAAGAGGAUCCUAGGAUAAAGAUUAUGAGGAAGGAAUGGUUUGAAGGGAAAAACUGUCUUGACAUUGGUUGCAAUAGCGGAUUAAUAACCAUUACGAUUGCAAAAAAGUUCGGUUGCCAGAAAAUCGUCGGGAUUGACAUAGAUUCAGCUCGAAUUGAGGACGCACAUUGGAAUCUUAGAAGAAUUGUGAAAAUGAGUGAAAGCAAGAAGCAUCCAAAGGUUGACAAGUCAAACAGUGCUGAAACAAACAAUAUUACAACUGAUGUGGCUGAUAAAACGGGUCGGGUUGAAAUUUCAGGGAAUUAUUUUACUUCACAUCUGUUUGAGCGCGUCUCUUUCUGGAAAGAAAAUUUCAUUUUUGGUUCUUCCACGCCAGGGGAUAACGUGUAUGAUACCAUUCUUUGUCUAAGUGUUUCAAAAUGGAUCCAUUUGAACUGGGGUGAUGAGGGUUUAAUAACACUAUUCUCAAAGGUUUGGCGGCUUCUUAAACCUGACGGAGUUUUUAUUUUGGAACCGCAACCAUGGAAAUCAUACAUCAGUUGCCGUCAAGUGUCCGAGGUAGCAUCAACUAACUAUAAGAAUCUUACUAUUUUCCCACAACAAUUUCAGGAGAUUCUUUUGGAUAAGAUCGGGUUUAGGAAAAUCGAAAACUUGAGUUCGAGUUUAACCGGAAGCAAAACGGGGUUUAAUAGGCCGAUUUUAGCUUUAUGGAAGUGAAUAGCUUUGACUUUUGAGUACCAUUUUUGGAGGUCUUUUGGAGACCCUUGUUAAAAUCUGUAAGUCAAAACAUUGUUAAUAAAUAUAGCUCAUAGAAAAGCUCAUAUAA